AUGGCGGGCAAGAAGGGCGCGAAUUUGGCGUUGGGUCGCGUGGCCAAAACGCGCAAGGGGAGGCGAAUUUUGAAGGCUCGGGGUCCUCAGCUGCACGAGCCCACGAAGCGUCUUCUGCUGAUGAAAGGCAACAAGGCGAGCAUGAGCAUUCAGAACAUUCUGUCGGAUCUGCGGGAUCUGAAAAAGCCUGACGCGGUGUACCUCCACUCCCGCAACCAGAAGGACUUCCAUCCGUUCGAAGACAUCUCCUCUGGGCAAUACUUGUGCGAGAAGAACGAGUGCGGGACGUUUUGUCUGGGUUCUAGCUCGAAGAAGCGCCCGAAUCGCCUCGUCUUUGGCCGCAUGUUCGCCAACGAACUGCUGGACAUGUACGAAUUCCAAGUCGUGCACUAUAUGAGCGCCUCCUCGUUUGCCGGCGUAGAGAAGCCGCGGCUCGGCAGCAGACCGCUAGUCCUUGUGCAGGGUGCAGCGUUCGAGUCCACCGAAGUUCUCAAAGGCCUCCGCAACCUCAUGGCGGACAUCUUUCGCGGGACAGCGAGCCACAGCGGAGGCGGCCCGACGAGCGCGUCAGCCAAGCUUUUUCUCAAGGGCGUCGACCGCGUGGUCGCCAUCACGGCGUUGGAAACCGACGGCGCAGAGUCCCGCCUGAGUCAGAAACGCCACCUGGAGGCUGGCGGCUCCACGCAGACGAUUGAAGGCGCCGCGAACGCCGCGGUCGCCGCCACGCUCCUCUCUGCAGAGGGCGCCGCGCAGGCAGGAAGCGACUCGCCUGCCGCCGGAAAACCUCUCAUCUGCCUUCGUCAGUACCGCGUCGUCAUGCACCGCGGCGACGUCGGCAGCAAAACUCCGCGAAUCGAGCUCGUUGAAGUCGGUCCGCAAAUCGACAUGAUGUUGGAUCGCCACCGCACUGCGGACCCGAGCCGGUGGAAGCGCGCAAUCCGGACGCGCGAGCCUAAGAAGCAGGAGGAAGAUGCUGCAACCGCGCCGAAAGCUGAGAAGAGCAAGAAGCGGAAGAACGUCAGGACGACAGCCACUGGAGACGUUGUCGGCCGCGUGUUCGUUGAGAAACCUGACUGGAAAGCGAUUGACGCACAGAAGAAUGUGCUGCUCAUCAAACACAACAGAAAGCGACAAAAGCUCGCCGCGGCGGAAGCGAAGAACACAGCCGAAGACGCGUGA